CCAGAGUCAAGUACCGCGGCUACAAAUUACGAUGUAAAAUGGGUCUCACCAGAUCAGUUAGUUUGUGAUUGCGAGUUGCUGAGACGGCACGAUUGCUGAACGAAACAGCGUCCUGAGCAUUCACAACAACCAGGCCAAAGAUAUUCCUUAGAAAUGAGUAUCUUGGCAUACAACGGAGGUGCUAUCAUAGCGAUGAAAGGCAAAAAUUGCGUCGCCAUCGCUGCGGAUCGUAGAUUUGGGGUACAAGCUCAAACGAUAUCAUGCGACUUUGAUAAGAUAUUUGAAAUGGGUCCACAUUUAUACUUGGGACUGCCUGGUCUAGCCACAGAUACCAUUACUGUCAUGGAGAGACUUAGAUUCAGAUUGAACUUGUACGAGCUCAAGGAGGACAGGAAGAUUCAUCCCAAAACUUUUAGCUCCAUGAUCUCUAAUUUACUGUAUGAAAAGCGAUUUGGUCCAUACUUUGUCGAACCGAUUGUAGCUGGCCUAGACCCUGUCACCUUUGAGCCAUUUGUCUGCAACAUGGACUUGAUUGGCUGCCCGAACGAGCCAGAGGACUUUGUAGUUGGUGGAACGUGCACAGAGCAGUUGUAUGGAAUGUGCGAGGUCCUUUAUGAGCCUAAUUUGGAACCUGAUGAUCUUUUUGAAACUGUUAGCCAGGCUUUGGUCAACGCUUGUGAUCGUGACGCUAUUUCUGGAUGGGGUGCAAUCGUCUAUAUUAUCGAGAAGGACAAGGUUACCAUACGACACCUGAAGACGCGUAUGGAUUGAAGUGAUUCAGGCAAAAUUCGUAAAUCAACAUUCUUUAUUAAACUGUAUGGUUAAGCAAAAUGAAAA